UUUAAGUGCUCGCCAGAAAUAGGUCCGUGUGGGAGCAAUAAACAAGAACUCAAGAUGGAGCCCUCUAAAGCUGGACAUCUUAUGAGCUUGGCAGCUCUGCAGAGACAAGAUCCGUACAUAAACAACCUUCUAGAUGUUACCGGCCAGGUAGCAUUAUACAAUUUCAAUUCCAAAGCAAACGAAUGGGAGAAGACAGAAAUCGAGGGCACCUUAUUUGUAUAUUCUAGGUCUGCCUUGCCUCGCCACGGCUUCACCAUCAUGAACCGUCUGAGCGCAGAGAACCUGGUGGAACCUAUCAACAAGGACCUGGAGUUCCAGUUACAGGACCCCUUCCUGCUCUACAGGAAUGCCAACUUGGGAAUUUACAGUAUCUGGUUUUACGACAAAAGCGACUGUCAACGUAUCGCACAGCUCAUGGUCAAGAUUGUGAAACUGGAAGCGGACUACGCUCAGAGCCAAUCACCGGGAGGCCCGAGACCUGGGAAGACCAAUGGGGUCGCAGAGCCGCGGCCCAUCGACAUCCUGGAGCUGCUGAGCAAAGCCAAAGAGGAGUACCACAAAGCUCAACCAGGAGAGAGCAUCACAGAGACUAAAACAAUGCCAACUGUUGUCUCCAGUCCGCGGGCCCAAAGUGCACCACAACCUGAUAAGAUUUCCCAUAUGAUCACGAAGCAGAUCACUGUGGAGGAACUCUUCGGUUCCUCUGUCUCCAAGGACCCCUCCCUGCCCGCCAUGCCUGCCCAGAGUGUCACCCCUGGGGGUACUCCCUGCGAACCUGCCAGCCCCUCCGCCUCCUCUUACCUCCAAGGCCGGCACUAUGCCCCACCGGACCCUCUACCCCCUCCCCACCUCCCUGCACCAGACCCCAGUACCGGCCAGCGGCAGCUGGUCCCCGGCCUACUCCCGGCCCCAGCCUCUUACGGCCUCCAGCCAGGCCCUGUGCGCCACCCAGUAGGCCCUGGGUCAGACACCCAGCCCCGCUGCUUAAUCUCCCCGCUCAUGGUGCUCCCGGUGGGGGUGGACCCUCGGCCCGCUGCCCCUGCUGCGACGGCACAGUCUUGUGCCCCGCAGGCCUACCUUGGACAUGAUGUACUGAGCACGCUCAAACCAGCGCUGCCCUCUGUGAAUGCCGACAUCCACAACAAGCCGGGGCUAGCGCCCAACUUUCUCCCUAGCAACUUGGUCCCGCCCCACAGCUUCCAGGAGUUACUAGGAAAGCCGCUUCUCCGGCCGGGAAAGGAAAUGGAGGGCUUCAGUCAAGCGCCAAAUCGGAUCAAAGCGAUGGCUGGCAGCCCAGUGAGUCAGCCGCUGGCCGGGUCGGGGCUGGGGCCCGGGCUGUCGGUGCUCCUCUCCCCCAGUGCCUUCCAGCAUUCUCCCAGUAGCAAGCCCACCACGGACCACCCCAGGAGGUCCGCCUCGGCCUUGUCAGCGGCAGCCUCAACCGCCGCCUCCUCCUCCUCCUCCUCCACCACCACCACCCUCCCGCCCCCGCCGUCCACCUCUGAUCUGUCCCCGGAGGCGUACCGGAGCGCCUGCAGCAAGGCGAAGCUACAGGAGACGCUGGUGCACCUCAUUAAGACUGACCCCGCCUUCCUCAGCACCAUCCACGAGGCCUACCGACAGAGCCUGGCCAAGGACUUCUCCAACAUGGGGCUAUAGCUCCACCCCCCCCUGUCAACAUCAAGACUCUCCAUGCUCCCACCCCAUCUGAGGGACUGAGUACCUGCCCCCAAAGAGGACCCAGACUAGAGGCUUCUGGGGAUUUGUUGUGGCCCAGAGGACCCAGAGAGCCUCCCGAGGACCUGGUUAGAUUUGUGCCCUCUACUGCUUUCCAAGAGAGAGCCCUCUCCCUGUCCCUCUCCCUCUCCCUCCCUGUCCGUCAUGUGAUUCUGUACCACAGCUCUCCUGCUGUGAGGUGUUGGCCUGGAGACUAUGUCAAACAAAAUCCAAAAUGUGGAUUGUUCACCUACACCUGAUCCUCGACAACCCACCACUGACAGAAACAACUUACUCUGUUCAACCUAAUGAGUUCACCGUCACCCUUCAAACCGGCAGCUGCAGACCCUGACCCUGGCCAUGACAUCAGGUACAAGGCCAUGACAUCAAGUACAAGGCCUUGACACCAUCAGCUUUGUGGCCGGGUACAUUCGGGAGCUGUGAUACUCUCUUGACUUGGGACCGUGAGGUCUCCAAGCAGUUUUCGUCAAGGGAGCUAGAUGUGUAACUGCUUUGCCCGUGGCUCUCUCACUCUUUUCUUAUUCCUCUGUAUGUGUUGACAGGGCUGCCUUUACAUGAACUGCCGAUAGCCAUUUGUUUCUGGGGAGGAUGCCGAUGCACUGAAGAGAGUACAUGCCUGUUUGUCUCUUUUUUUUUUUCUUCUUUUAUUAAAGUAGGUUAACCAAGGUGUACUAUUGGAUAGAGAAACUGACAAAGUCUUGUUGGACCAAGCACCUGCAGAUCUCCACAAAGUAUUUGUACUGUCGCUCUAUAGCUGCGUAACAGCAACACAAAUGUGGGUAAGAGCAUGUAAGGUACUUACACUAUGUUCAUUCUUACACCUCUUGCUCACUCAUUCUUUCUCUGUGUCUGCUAUCUCUGUCUAAGCUGUGCUGUUUCCUCUCCACCAGAUAAUCUAAAUCUUCCUAACCUCUGUCUGCCUUCUUAUUUUGCUUGUCUCUCUCUCUCGGUCUUACCUCUCUUAUGUCUCUUUCUCUCCUCUCUAAUGUCUCUCCUCUCUUAUGUGUCUCUGUCUGUCUCUCUCUCCUGUCCGUCUCUCCUGCUUUCGUUUUCCCUCCACCAGCUAACUUUACUCUUUUCUAAUGCCAUAGGAGAACAUGUGCAAUAGGUUUGUGAUGUACAUCGUCAGACCAGCAUGUUGAGAUCUCUAGGGACAGCGGCAAACUUGGUCCUCUGAGCUUCAAGCUGAGCCGAUUUUCGUUUUAGUUUUUUUUGUGCAAAAUAAUGAAUGACGAAAAAUGCUGAGCUAUAGUGUUUGUUGUCGUACAUUUUGGGAGAACACUCAAAAAGAAACGUGUGGUUGAUACACAUCCAUCUAAUCAUUCAGAUCUAUUUUCACUUUCAACCAAUUCGUUCUGGGAAAUUUCUUUCAGAAUCCAAAGACAAUGUAAGUGCCCGCAAAAUACUUCAACUGCAGAUUUGCUCAGAUCAGCUAAAUUCAUCCAGGUUUUAUUUAGUGUAAGCAAGUUGUUCAGAGAUUAGAUCAAUUGAAAUGAUUUGGUGGCAUUUGACCUGUUUUGCAGUAAAGACUACUGCAACAUAACACAGCGUAGCACAACAGCGUAGCACAACAGCGUAGCACAACAGCGUAGCACAACAGCCACAACUGCUCCGUCUCCCUGUUGAUGUUUUUCACUCUGAUUGUCUGAAGAAGGCUUCGUAGAGCAAUUGUGACCUUUUUGAUCCACGUUUGCUGUGCAUUUGAAGGAUGUUCGUUUAAUUUUCCAAUCUUACACUUGCACAUAAUGGCACAUACAGCGUAGCACAUAACAUGACCGGUAAACGAUAUGACUACUAAAACAAAAAACGUCUAAACGAUAUUACAAACGUUGCGGUGUUAUAGCGUCUGCCUGGUGCUAGCAGCUAAGAGGGGGAUCAGAUAAUGUUUUCCCCAACAUUCAAGUCUUUUAUAGUUCCUUGCAUUCCAGAUGGCAAUAUUAGUGUAAGAUGGCUUCUUAUUGGUUUGUUUUACGAUGUUUUUGAAUUUCUGACUUUAUUAGUAUUAAUUGAUUCAUGUGUUCAACUAUUUUUUUUCUUUUUAAGAUUUGAUUAAAUGUUUUGUUGAUGGGAUUUAAUUUAGUGUUUUAUUUUGCAAGGCUUGGUCAAGAUUGUUCAAACAUUUCUCUAUUGGGUCAUUGAGAUAGAAUGUCUUGAACAUUUAACGUGGACAUACUAAUAUAAACUCUCAAACUAUCAUCCAUUUCAGUUGGUCUACACCAACCUUUUUGAACCUGAGAGCUACUUCAUGGGCACUGAGUCAUACGGGGGGCACCCAGUUUGAUACACCCUUCUGAAAUAACAAAUUUGCUCAGCUUGCCUUUAGUUAUAUAUUAUUAUUAAUGAUGAAUGAUACUCAUCUAUGUGAAGACACUGAUCAUGUUAAUGAUUUCUCACAAUAAUUAUCAACAAUGACUUAAAAAAGGUGUGAAAGAGUUGUCCAAGAGUGAGUUGUGCUAUGUUUAGAACAGGCCUGCGGGGGCCCUGGUGCCCGCGGGCACUGUGUUGGGGACCCCUGGUCUACACAAAUGGGGAUGUAAUGCCUCUACGUUAUUUUUAAAGGUGCAACAAGUUAAUGGAUGGCGAACUAAAAAAUAUUUUCAGAGAAAAGCUUGAUUUAUGUUGACAACAUGGCAGGCCUUAUUCAGAUGAUUACAAGAAAGGAUCAUUGAAAUCUUGUGGUUACUUUAAUAUCAAUAUCAAUUUUAAGGUUAUUGCUUUUUUACACCUUGGUAUAAUGUAUCUUAUUGGCCAGAGUACGAAAUGUAUUUGGAAACUGUUCAUGCAUUCCAUGUUUGUCACUAUUCAAUUUGGUUUGCUGUGACUAUUUUGUGAUAUUAAAUAUACAAAUUUG